UCAACCAAGUACUGAUUAAUUUUCUGCUUUUUUGAUUCGGGAUGUUUUUUUCGAUCUUGUACAAGCGCAGUUACUCCGAACCAAUCAGAGUGAAGUUGUCCCAAGUGGGGAUAUGGACUCACGUGGAGGAGGAAAUCGCUGUCACGCGCUCAACCAAUAAACGAAUUUCUUGCCCCCACCACCUGAUCGAGCUAUACUCUCAUUGGUUCGGAGUAGAUGCUCUUGACGGAAUCGCGAGAGGCAAAAAAAAUUGCUACCCCUAUCAGUUUUCGUCACAUUCUUGAACUGGUAACACGUUUCGACUCGAUCAAUUUACAAUGGCCCCGAAAACAGCUACCCCAGUGGAGAAGAAAAGCGCCAAAGCAAUGAAGAACAUCUCCAAAGGAGACAAGAAAAAGCGCUCCAAGAAGAGGAAGGAAAGUUACGGCAUCUACAUCUACAAGGUCUUGAAGCAGGUGCACCCGGACACCGGGGUAUCCUCCAAGGCCAUGUCCAUCAUGAACAGCUUCGUCAACGACAUCUUUGAGCGCAUCGCCACUGAAGCCUCUCGCUUGGCACACUACAACAAGAGGUCGACCAUCACAUCCCGGGAGAUCCAGACGGCAGUGAGGCUUCUGCUUCCCGGUGAACUUGCCAAACAUGCCGUCUCCGAAGGCACCAAGGCAGUGACCAAGUACACCAGUUCCAAGUAAAUUCCCAACAAAACCAAUCGGCCCUUUUCAGGGCCAUCAACUAUAUACUCAUGGAACUUGCCCGUUAAUAUUCACAAAACACCUACGUUGAAAAUAGUUAAUAGUGCACUAAAUCUUUUCAUGUUUUUUUUUUGGUUGAUAAAGCGAGGAGGGGAAAAUCUUCAUAGACACCCCAGCUCUAAUCCGGUGGUAGAGUCGGAUUCACCUG